UGUAUUUACAAAACAAAUUAGCUUCGUGUUCAAUUGCUUUUCGAUUCUUCUCCAAAUUAGUAUAUGAUUUGAGCAUUUCAAAAUUCUCUUCAAUGGAGGGUACCUGCAGUUCUCUGCGGUCACCGGCUUUAACCAUAGCGCCCUCCUCUUUGUCUAGAAGUGGGUUCUCAGAGAAGCCAUUGUUGCCUGCUCGAGCUGUGAAAUUAUCGAAGAACAAGAGAUACCCACUUGCUCGAACCCUCAAAUUUCUUCCCAUUACAGCUCAAGCUUCGAGCACGAGUAGUUUUAGCUCAGAGGCAGCUCCGGAAAUUUCAAAGAAGGAAGUUUCAAAAGAUGAGGAUCUUGUAUUUGUUGCUGGUGCUACAGGAAAAGUUGGUUCAAGAACUGUGAGGGAGCUUUUGAAACUUGGAUUCCGUGUAAGAGCCGGUGUAAGGAGUUCUCGGAAAGCCGAAACUCUUGUUGAGAGUGUUAAAAAGCUUAAGCUUGAUGAAGCUGUAGAAAAGCUUGAAACUGUGAUAUGUGACUUGGAGAAACCAAAUCAGAUUGGACCUGCAAUCGGGAAUGCGUCGAUAGUUAUUUGCUGCAUUGGUGCAAGUGAGAAGGAGAUUUUCGAUAUCUCUGGACCUUAUCGAAUCGACUAUAUGGCUACCAAAAACUUGGUUGAAGCAGCAACCGUUGCAAAAGUGAAGCAUUUCGUUCUGCUUACGUCCCUCGGAACCAACAAGAUUGGAUUUCCUGCUGCCAUUCUCAACUUGUUUUGGGGAGUCCUGUUAUGGAAAAGGAAGGCAGAAGAAGCAUUGAUUGCAAGUGGUCUUCCUUAUACAAUAGUGAGACCUGGGGGCAUGGAGAGGCCUACAGAUACUUUCAAGGAAACUCAUAACACUACUGUUUCACCUGAAGAUACUUUGUUUGGUGGUCUGGUGUCGAAUCUUCAGGUUGCAGAGCUCAUGGCAGGCAUAGCAAAAAAUCCUGGUCUCUCAUGCUAUAAAGUGAUUGAAGUAAUUGCCGAGACAACUGCACCAUUGACUCCCCUAGAGGAUCUUCUUACAAAAAUACCAUCUAAAAAGGAAUAUGGCGCUGCACGCAUUGUCGAUCCACCACCUCCUAAGAGCGUUUCAUCAGAACCGUCGAGCAUUGCCAAAGAAAAGGAAUCAGCUGAAGCAAAGCCACCCGCUCAAAGGGUUUCAUCAGAACAGUUGAAUAUUGCAAAAGAGAAGGAAUCAGCUGUAGCAAAUGUUACAAAACAGUCAUCAUCACCCUACAUUUCGUACGAGGAUUUAAAACCUCCAACAUCACCUACUCCAUCUGCACCUGUUGGGAAAAUAGAUUUAAAUGUCGUCGACGGAGUCUCAUCGAUCGCUCAAACGAGUUCAUCAGAAUCGUCAACUGAAAUUGCCGAGGCGAAUCCUGCACCUGCUCCUGAAAAAGCAGUGACAAUGAAACCUCUCUCCCCUUAUGUAGCAUAUGAAGAUCUAAAGCCUCCUACAUCACCAUCUCCUAGUGCACCUUCCCUAUCAUUUUCAUCAACAUCUCCCUCAAACGGUCCACCUCAGCCUGCUACCGCGAACGUAAACAGCUCAACGCCAAUUCCAGAGGCAGACGACUCGAGUGAAACACAUCUUCCCAAGCCAAAGAAGCUACAACCACUGUCACCUUUCACCAUGUAUGAGGAUUUGAAGCCUCCAGCAUCCCCAACGCCCUCUCCUUGAAAAACCUUAAAGAAAGAGCUAUCAUCAGUUCCCUAAAUGGACAGAGACAGAUGAGGGGUUAUACUUUCUAUGUAAUAAUCUGAAGAACAUUCGUUACUUUUUCCCGUCCAGAUUCCAUGGACGACUACACUGUUAAAUUUGCUUAUUUUGCCUGUAAUUUUGAUCAAAGUUGCCAUUUUCAUGGCAUUUGCUUCAUUUUAUUCGUUGAA